GAAAUUUGUGCAAGACUUUGUCUCGUAAAGCGCGUAAGGGUGCGGGGCAUCGGAACCGAAACAAUUCAUACGACAAGAAAAUGAGACUUCUGAUUUCUUAAGAUUUAAAUAAACUCCUAUUCAAAUACAAUAUAGCCAAUUACAAGAGAAUUUAGGUCUCUUCGAUUAUUUUAGUUAAAACUUGUAUUUUAUGCUUGGUAUCUAACAGGCGAAACCGAAAGCAGGCCGAGCAGCCAUAUCGACAUACAACAGCCACAAGAAUCCAAAGUCGAAUCCAAUCCAAGGUAUGGGGCAGUGGGUGGGCUGCUUGUGACAUGGGGCACGGGUCGUAAUGGGGUCGCUUUAAGAGGAAACAAAACGUCACGGCAGAAAUUCGAGGAGAACCAGACCCCGAAACUCAACGGCUGCGACCGCCGAUGACCCACGGCAUGUCCUCUACGCGACACCGGAGCCGCAAGGCGCACCCUUUGACAGCGCAGCGACAUGUGUUGGCCUCCGCUCAUAAGUCCACGUAGCUCGCGUACGAGAUGACGACACAGCCGACGCGAAGUUCUCCCGUUUUCGUCGACGGCUGAUCGUCAUGUGCCGGGCGGCGCGAGCCUCGCUCACCAUCAUCGCCGCGUUGGUCAGCCUCGGCCUACCCGCUGCGAGCUACGAUGUCUUCUUCUACAAGCCGGGCUUCUACGACCGCAAGUACGGCAGCUUCCCCGAGAAACUCCGCCUGGAAAUGGCGCAAGAGGCGAAGCUCAUGUUCGAGUUUGCUUAUGACAGCUACAUGAAGUACGCCUUCCCCAAGGACGAGCUGAACCCCAUCUACUGCACAGGCAGGGGUCCCGACUACGACGAUCCGUCCAACAUCAACAUCAACGACGUCCUCGGCGACUACUCGCUCACCCUCGUCGACGCCUUGGACACUCUGGCGGUGAUGCGGAACGUGACGGAGUUCAAGCGCGCCGUCCAGCUGGUGCUAGACAACGUCUCCUUCGACAAGGACAACGUGAUUCAGGUGUUCGAGGCUAACAUCCGGCUCCUCGGCGCCCUGCUGUCUGCUCACCUCCUAAUCACCGACGAAGAGCAGCCGUUUGGGGACCUCCGACCAGAUGGCUACAAGGACGACCUUCUAAGGCUGUCCAAUGAUCUCGCCACCAGGCUGCUGCCGGCCUUCAAGAACACGAGGACAGGGAUACCCUACCCUCGCGUCAACCUGCGGACUGGAGUCCCGCCUGGCGUUUCAACCCACACCUGUACCGCGGGUGCGGGGUCGUUACUCCUAGAGUUCGGAGUCUUGAGCAGGCUGGUUGGGAAUAAGGUCUUUGAGACUGUGGCCCGGAGGGCCACAAGGGCCCUGUGGGACCUCAGGGCGAAGGACACGGGUCUUCUGGGCAACAUCGUUGACGUCAACACCGGCGAAUGGAUCGGGAAGAUGAGUGGCAUUGGAGCAGGCUUGGACUCUUUCUAUGAGUACCUGCUCAAGACCUACAUCCUGUUUGGGGACGUUGAAGACUUCCGCAUGUUCAACGAGAGCUACAGCCUUAUCAAGCAGUACAUGCGUAAAGGGAGGCUGCUGUGCAACGAGGGUCGUGGCGAUCAUCCGCUCUACGUCAACGUCAACAUGCACGAUGGCUCGACGUCAACCCUGUGGAUCGAUUCCCUCCAGGCAUCGUUCUCGGGCAUCCAGGUCUUGAUGGGGGACAUCGAGGAAGCCAUCUGCAGCCACGCUCUCUUCUAUGCCAUAUGGAGGCGGUUCGGGGCCCUCCCGGAACGCUUCAACUGGCAGAAGGUCUCCCCUGACCUGGCCUUUUACCCGCUCAGACCCGAGCUGAUAGAGUCGACCUACCUUCUCUAUCGGGCGACAAAGAACCCUUUCUAUCUCCAUGUGGGACGGGACAUCCUCCAGAGUCUUAACAACUUCACCAAGGCGGACUGUGGAUAUGCGACCAUACACAACGUCCAAGACAAGUCACUCGAGGACCGCAUGGAAAGUUUCUUCCUCAGCGAGACUUGCAAAUACCUGUACCUCCUUUUUGACACUGACAAUCCGGUGAACAAGCGGUUCGCCAAAUACGUCUUCACGACGGAAGGGCACAUCCUGCCGAUCAUCCGCCUCUUGAGGACAGCUGCUGAGCAACAGGUGAAAGAAGACAUGCACAGUGUUGUCAGCAGCGAUGUACCUGGCGUGGCGUCUACUGUGAUUUCUAAUAGGAGACUUAACGAGACGGACCGACAGUGCGGAAAAGUGCCUGAUGAAAGGCAGUACCUGCUGCCGCUUAAGCACAACUACCUCCAGCAGAUCAGCCAGUCGCUGGGACUGGACAGGGAUGUCUUUUAGGCAUUCCGUGCUUUGACGAGACUGCGGAAUAAUGAUCACUUGUGUGCCUGCAUUGACCAAGCAGUUGAGCUGCCUGUGGUUUUUUUAGACGAAGCUCUGCCUGGGGCAUGUCACUGAAUUAGAAUGUGGAGGUUCCUAGUUACGGGGAGAUUUUGGGGCCAAGAAGAGCUGGCACUGAACAGGCCUGAGGUGCUUUGACUGUAUUGGAGCAAAAUGUGUGCAGUCGUGCAUGUGGGAAGAAGGUGCCAGCUUCUUAUAAAAUUGCAUUUGGCCGAUUUGGUGAUCACAUAUUUGUGGUACUUAUGCACAAAAUAGUGUUUUGCUCAAUAUGUGCAGAUAUAUGCAAAGUCAUACCUUAAGUGCAAAAAAAAAAAAAUAAUAGAAUGAAUAUAAUGCAUAUAAAUGCAUUGCCAUGUUUUCAUCUACAUGUGGGUUUUUGAUUUGUAAAGGCGGUACUUGGCUUUUAUUCCUCGGCUUCAUGUUGUCACAGUCUGGCUUGAUUGAGUUAAGAGGAGAUAUUGUUUUGGUGAUAUGAAAAUAAAUAUAAUUUUCUCUAGA